AACAAAAACACGCCGCAUACUGUCCUGCAGCUGCACAAAUUGUUUAUUAUGUGUUUCGCCUUUUUCCAGGUCAAGUGAUCAAUCAAUUUAAGAUCUCUGAUCUCUUGAGUAUAAUUAUAUGUUCAAGUCCAGGAGUUAAAUACAAAUUUAUAUGUGCUUUAGAAGAUAAUAAAAUUGUAAAACUGAAAAGUUAGACACAAUUAUUGUCAGGACAAUGGCAGAAAACAAGAAGCAAGCUGAGUUUUCAAUUGAUCGAAAACGAUCAAAAUUCCGGACUCAUUUAACACCUGAGGACGAGUUGAAGAAAUUUUCUCACGAGGAGCUAGUCGCCAGAGUGCAGCAAUUGGAGGCCUACACUUACCAGUUGAAGAAUAUUAUUAAGAAGAGUGGAAGCAACGUUAGUAAUAAUGCCACCUUAAUUGGAAUGGACAAAAUUAAUAGUGAUACUUCUGAGGAGACGUGCAUAUUAAAGAAGAAAAACAGACCAUUCGAUUUUUCAAAAUGCAGCAAGAAACGGAUUUUGCUCCGAAUCCUCUACCUUGGCUGGGACCUGGAUGGCUACGCUGUCCAGGACAACUCGACCAAAACCAUUGAGCACCAUCUCUUCCUAGCUCUGACUAAAUCGUGUCUGAUCCAAGACCGCCAAAGUAGCAACUACCACAGAUGCGGCCGAACGGACAAAGGAGUUAGUGCUUUUAGCCAGGUAAUAUCGAUUGAUGUUCGGAGUAAACUCCCUUCAGAGGCGACCGACCUAUCCCAGGAGUUGCCUUACUGCAAGAUGCUGAAUCGACUGCUGCCAGACGAAAUCAGGGUGCUAAGUUGGGCGCCAGCUCCCUCCCCUGAAUUUUCGGCGCGUUUCGACUGUGUGCGGAGAAAGUACAGGUACUUUUUCCCAAGGGGAAGCCUUGACCUAGGACUGAUGGAGAAAGCAGCUGCCUUGCUGGUCGGUGGCCACGACUUCCGCAACUUCUGCAAAAUGGACGUCGGCAAUGGAGUGGUCGAUUACAAGAGAUCCAUUUUUCAGGCCUCUGUGACAGUCAUGCAGCAAAAUGAUCCACACUUGGAGAGUCCGUAUGACAUGUGUGAAGUGACUGUCGAAGGCAAAGCAUUCCUGUGGCAUCAAAUUCGUUGUAUUGUCUCAGUCCUGUUUCUGGUUGGAGAAGGCAAAGAGGAUCCACAAAUUGUCACCCAACUUCUAAACCCUGAGCAGCCAAAGCCUCAGUACCCGCUGGCGGUGGAUCUGCCUUUGGUUCUUUUUGAGUGUGAAUAUGAACAUCCGCUCGACUGGCAGCAUGAGCAGGAGGAGCUUUCUCGAGUCGUGCUGAAGAUGCAGGCCAUGUGGACCGCUAAUGCUGUCAAAGCGGCCAUGAUUGGGAAAAUGCUCGCCAAUGUUGAACCAAAACUCGAGGCACCGGUUCUGUCCCAAGCCGACAGCCUUGUGAUGGGUGUCAAGCCGAAGGUCUACCAGCCCUUGCUCAAGAGGCAAACAUGCUCUACCCUCGAGACCAAAAUUGACCAUUACGUAAAACGAAGAAAACUGAAGAAGAAUGAAGAUAACAAUCAGAGUGGAGAUGUAGAAAUGAAAUAAAAUCCGAUUUUGGUUAAAAUGAUUUUAAUUAUUUUACAGUCAUAAGAUGGUACUCGUCCAAACAUUCUCUCGUUCAAGCUACGGUUUAGAUUUUGUGAUGCAGACAUUCACAGCAUUUGAUACAUUUAUGUUAUAUCAGACAAUCCAUUCAAGAUAUUUUUGAGCCAAGAACAAAGUUGAGCGCAACUAUUGGCCUAUCACGAGUCGAUCUCAUUUUGACAGCUAUUUUUUAGUCUUAAUAGCUCGGUCAGUGGACGCGUAGAAAAUGCAGCAUUUAGCUCUUUCACUCUCUUUGAAUAUAAAUUAGGCAACAGCAACAGCAGCAACAAUCAAACCCUCACACUCUCACAUCUUGCUCUCAUUUUCUCAGAGAAUUAAAAUUGAGGCGCAACAUUUAACAGCUAGUAAACAAAUAAAUCAGCGCUCCGUGCAAAGGCAAAAAGUGCUGCGAGUAGGGCGUUUGCAAAAGAGAACACUAAACUUGUUUAUGCUGAAACUGUCACGCAAAACAGAUGAAAAAUGGCUGGUUACCUCAACUUAAAAAAAAUCAGAAUGGGUCCAAGCACGACUGCGGUUGCUGCCACGCUCAGUGAGUCUGUGACAAAUUACAUCGGUAACGUAGGUGUGUUUAUUUCAAAUAUAAAAGGCACUUGUUGGCGGUCUGAAUCUAAAAAUCUCAUAACACACAAAAAAAUCGUCAGCGGCGGCAGCAGCGGCAAAGAUAUUUAUUUCAAGUAGCAGCAGCCCGGCCUCGGCAGGGUCUUUGGCAGAACGCGAGUAGUCAACCUGCGAUUUGAGAAAAUCGAUCCAGGUCAAUGCAAGGCACUUAGAAGGCUCAGAGGAGUCUCAGUUGGUGGCUUAGUUUUUGCUGAAGAGCUCGUUGGGCGCCACCGCUGCUAGGGGUGCGCUUGACUUGGGCGGCGUCGGGUCAAGGUAGAUGCGCAGUCCGCGCUCCUUUCGUGGCGCGGCUGCAGCGCUUGUCCAGCUGCCUACGCCACGGGGCCGCCGGAAUUUAUCGUCACGCUCGAUCUUCUUCCGCUCCUCAGCAGUCAACUCCUUCACUUGCUCGCUGUUGUCUCUGUUGA